AGAGGAAGACAUAGAGAUAUAGGAAGAGUGAGAGAGAGAGACAGAAAAAGGAGAACCACUGGAAAGGACCAUCCAGAGGUGUUGGCACCUAGACACACUUCUGCAUCAGGUUUAUUCUUAGCUUGCACUCGUACUUGGAGUUUCCUGUCACUUUUUUUCCACUCCACCGAACCCACGAUGCACUGGGCAGUGUUGCUGCUGUCCCUAGUCGGAGUCGGGGUGGCCCUGAGACCUGAGUGGAAGCCUGGGACGUACCUGGCCACAGAGGCUGGGGCACUUCUGUUUGUGAAUGAUUACAACUCGACUGCUGAGGAAGUGUUCUCCUACAGCACAGAGGCAAGCUGGGAGUAUAAAACCAACCUGACAAACGAGAAUUCCCAGCAAGAGAUCACUGCAAAUCUGGAGAAGCAAGGUUUCACAGAAGCAUGGGGAAAGCUGGCGAAGCAAUUAUUUAAUGAUGCACUCAUGGACACUUUUACUGAUCCAAACCUCAAGAGCCUUAUCAAAAAGAUCAAUGUCCUGGGACCCGCCAACCUCCCGGAAACAGAACGAGAGAAGUACAAUGUCAUUCAGAGUCAGAUGGACAACAUAUAUUCCACCUCAAAGGUGUGUCCCAAACCAACAGAAUGUUGGUCUUUAGAGCCUGAGUUGACAAAGAUCUUGGCCACAUCCCGGAGCUACAAGCAACUGCUGUAUGCCUGGGAAGGUUGGCACAACACCUCUGGAGGACCACUCAAACCCCUUUACCCUCAAUUUGUUGAACUCAGCAACAAAGCUUCCAUUAUGGAUGGUUUUGAAGACACCGGUGCUUAUUGGCGUUCCUGGUACGAGUCUCCAACUUUCGAGCGGGACCUCGAAGGCCUGUUCAUGCAGCUGCAGCCCCUCUACCUAAACCUGCAUGCAUUUGUCCGUCGCAAGCUGUAUGACUUCUACGGCCCCAAGUAUAUCAAUCUCAAAGGCCCCAUUCCUGCUCAUCUGCUUGGUAACAUGUGGGCACAAAGCUGGAACAACAUAUAUGACUUGAUGAUCCCUUUUCCUAAUAAGCCUAAUGUGGACGUGACUAACACUAUGGUUGCUAAAGGAUACAAUGCCACCCAUAUGUUUCGGGUAGCUGAAGAAUUCUUCACCUCUCUUGGGCUGAAAGAGAUGCCUGCCCGGUUUUGGGAAAAGUCUAUGCUCGAGAAGCCCACUGAUAAUCGAGAGGUGGUCUGUCAUGCCUCUGCGUGGGACUUUUAUAACCGGGAAGACUUUAGGAUUAAACAGUGUACCACAGUGACUAUGGAGCAGCUCUUUACAGUGCACCAUGAGAUGGGUCAUGUAGAGUAUUACCUGCAAUACAAAGACCAGCCAGUCAGCUUCAGGAGAGGAGCCAACCCUGGCUUUCAUGAGGCCAUUGGAGAUGUGCUGUCUCUUUCAGUAUCGACACCCAAACACCUGAAUACUAUUGGCCUGCUUGACACACUAACCGAUGACAUUGAAACCGAUACAAAUUACCUGUUAAAGAUGGCAUUGGAGAAGAUUGCCUUCCUUCCUUUUGGAUACCUGAUUGAUCAGUGGCGCUGGGGAGUGUUCAGUGGACGGACACCACCUGAACGCUACAAUUCAGAGUGGUGGUACCUCAGAACAAAAUACCAAGGUAUCUGUCCACCGGUGAGACGAACAGAGGAGAAUUUUGAUCCUGGGGCAAAAUAUCAUAUUCCAGGAAACACUCCAUAUAUCAGGUACUUUGUGAGCUACAUCCUGCAGUUCCAGUUUCACAAGAAGCUUUGCCAGGAAGCUGGACACACCGGACCACUGCAUAAGUGUGACAUCUACCGAUCCACCAAGGCCGGGGCUGUUUUAGAAAAAAUCAUGAAGUUUGGUUCAUCAAGGACUUGGAUGGACGUGCUGCAGGAGACUUUGGGAACAAACAAAAUGGACGCCAGUGCCCUAAUGGAAUACUUUCAGCCCAUCACCACCUGGUUAGAGAACCAGAACAAGCAGUCGGGUGAAAUACUCGGCUGGCCUGACUUUGAUUGGAUGCCUCCUGUUCCACAAGGUUACCCAGAAGACAUUGCUGAGAAAAUAACCGAUGAGGCACAGGCGAAAGACUUCCUGACUGAUUACAACGCCACAGCAGAGGAGGUCUGGAACACUUACACUGAGGCGUCGUGGGCUUACAACACUGACAUCAAUGAAGCAAACAAGCAGACUAUGCUGCAGAAAAACCUUGACAUGGCCAAACACACAAAGGACUACGGAUUAAAGGCACGCAAGUAUGACACUACUGAUUUCCAGGAUGCUUCAGUGAAAAGGAUCCUAAAAAAACUGAGUGAUCUGGAGAGAGCUGCACUCCCGGAUGCAGAACUGAUAGAGUACAAUGACUUGUUGGCCUCUAUGGAGACCACAUACAGUGUAGCAAAAGUCUGUGAAAAAGACGGGUCCUGUCUUCCUCUCGAUCCAGACCUAAACAAGAUCAUGGCUGAGUCCAGGGACUACGACAGGCUGCUGUUUGCCUGGCAGGGCUGGCGAAAUGUUUCAGGAAGAGAACUGCGCCAAACCUACAAGAGAUAUGUGGAGCUUGCCAACUUAGCUGCCAGGAGUAACGGUCACACUGACAAUGGUGCUUUCUGGCGCUCCUUGUACGAAACACCCACAUUCGAGCAGGAUCUGGAGGGGUUAUGGAAAGAACUGCAACCGCUCUAUCUCAACCUUCAUACGUACGUCCGAAGAGCGCUCUACAAAAAAUAUGGAAAGGAACGCAUUAACCUUAAUGGGCCCAUCCCUGCACAUUUACUAGGAAACAUGUGGGCACAGACCUGGUCAGGAAUCAUGGACUUGGUGAACCCGUACCCUGGUGCCACUCAAGUGGAUGUCACACAAUCCAUGAUAGACAAGAAAUGGGAUGCUGUGCGAAUGUUCGAGGAGUCCGACAACUUCUUCAAGUCAUUGGGCCUGGAACCAAUGCCUCCGGAAUUCUGGAGCAAGUCGAUGCUGACGAAGCCUGCAGACCGUGAAGUGGUGUGUCAUGCCUCAGCCUGGGAUUUCUACAACCGCAAAGAUUUCAGGAUUAAGCAAUGUACAGUGGUGACCAUGGACGAUCUGAUCACGGUGCAUCACGAAAUGGGUCAUGUGCAAUAUUUCCUCCAGUAUAAGGACCAGCCCAUCUCGUUCCGUGAUGGCGCCAACCCGGGAUUCCAUGAAGCCAUUGGAGAUGUUCUGGCGUUGUCAGUGUCCACACCCAAGCACCUUAACACCAUCGGUCUGCUCGAUAAGGUCGAGGACAACCAUGAGAGCACUAUAAACUUCCUGAUGAGCAUCGCCCUGGAUAAAAUCGCCUUCCUGCCAUUUGGUUACCUGAUGGACCAGUGGAGGUGGAAGGUGUUCGAUGGCAGGAUAUCGAGUGAUGAGUACAACAAGGAGUGGUGGAAUCUCAGGCUGAAGUACCAGGGCUUGUGCCCACCUGUAACCCGCACAGAGGAUGACUUUGACCCAGGUGCCAAGUUCCACAUCCCGGCCAACGUGCCCUACAUCAGGUACUUUGUCAGCUUUGUGAUCCAGUUCCAGUUCCAUGAAGCUCUGUGUGCAGCUGCGGGUCACACUGGACCUCUCCACACCUGCGACAUCUAUAAGUCUACAGAGGCAGGAAAACGCCUCGGCGAUGCGAUGAAGCUGGGCUUCAGUAAGCCCUGGCCCGAGGCGAUGACCAUGAUCACCGGCCAGCCCAAAAUGUCUGCACAGGCUUUGAUGAAGUACUUCCAGCCCCUCACCACCUGGCUAGAGCAGGAGAACAAGAAAAACGGUGAUAUCCUCGGCUGGCCCGACUACAGCUGGACACCAACCACGACAGCUGCAGUUGUGGAGGAGACCGUUCCUACUGUGGAUUUCUUAGGCUUGAAUGUGGAUGAAGCUGCAGCUGUAGCUGGACAGUGGGUUCUGCUUGUGUUCGGCAUCGCCCUUCUGGUCUCCACUUCUUUCCUGGCCUACAAAUACCAGAAAUCCAGGCGCCUAAACAAGAAGUCCGUCUCCCAAAUGGAGCUCAAAUAGGAAUACACAUGUAGGCUAAAGGUCCUGUAUUUGAUUUCCCUACAAAAAAAAACCCUUGUUUAUUUAUUAAUAAUUUCUUUCGGGUCAAUUUAGUUUGACUAUGCAAAAAGAAAAACGAAGAAGUCCAAGUGUUGUAAUUUAUUUGUACAAAAAUAUAUUAAAUGUUGGGUGGGUUUUCAAUGAUUUGUUUGUAAAGGCCAAAUUGUGUAUGCAUUUUUAGAUUAAUUUUAUUGGUAAAUACAUUUAUAAUAAAUACAUAUUCCAA